GCGUUGCGAUUCCAAUCCGAUGCUCGUCGGUGCGUUCCGUGGUCGUGUGGAUAACCCCUUUUUCGUUUCGUUGUCGCCUUCACAGCGCCACUGCCGUCGCCGCCGUUAUCACCACCAGUCAUCCAUCUGUGUCCGUUAACGGUGCCUCCAACGGCGCCAUCGUUCGCUCAAGCGAACCUCAAACAAGUGGUGAAGUGUUGUUUCAAAAUCGAGCAGUAAGGAAACGAUAUAUCUAGAUCAGCACGAAACGAUACGAGCAAGCGAGCGACAGAGAGAGAGAGAAAGAGAGCGAAGCGACUAAAGAGCGAAAAGCUCUCGUAACCGAUUUGCAACGAAAAAAAAAGAAACGCAACCAACAUAACAGAGCGAAAGAGCAUAAAAAUCAAGCACAUAAAACGAGUGUGUGAGAGAAAGAGUGGAAGAAAGAGAGAGAGAGAGAGAGAGAGAGUAAUUGUAUGUGCAAUAAAUACACCUACGCCACCGCACGAAUUUCUACUACCGUCCGCAACCCGUAUCUGGUCGGUUCGCGAAUAGUGCUUGUGUGCGUUAGUCGUGUUUAACAUCGGGCCUUGAAUAUCCUGCCCGUCUCGAACCGAUCGACCCCGAACAGGAAGGGGUUGAAGCUGCUUGGCCGGAUGAGGGUGUAGUGUGCGGGUGCGGCAAAACAGCAGGCGCCGUCCUUUGCAACCGUCGGAGAUGAUGUUUGCUGGCUAGAGGAACAACGGAAAAAUCAGUGCCAUCGUUUCAUGCUACAGGAAAAGCUCAGUGUGUAUGUGAGUAGUGUGUGUAUGUGUGUGGGAAGCGAAUGGUGGAGCGCCGUUCGUGUAAUGUGCAUUUAGAUCAAGUGGCUCCGAUGUGUGGGUGUGUUUGUCUGUGUGUUUAAAGAAGCGAUUGAUAUUUCGAAAUCAGCGGUGCACGACCGUACGAGUCACUGUGGAAGAGAUGAAUUAAGUUGAACCGAAACCAAGAAAGAGAGAGAGAUAGAGAGGGGAUUCUUUUUAAUUUUGUGGCCUUCCUCCUGUGGGUGAGGUUUGUAAGCACACGUGCCAGUGCGGGGGAUGUUGCCAGUGUUGGCAUUCGGGUCCGAUCUUGCCCCAAAUAGUCAGUGCAGUGCAUAUAUAAGAAGUGUUUAACCGAAAGCGAGAAAAAGAUAGAGAGAGAGAGAGAGAGAAAAAAAGAAGAAAAAACAAAACACAAUAGAACAGAACAUUACAACGGCAGCAGCUGCCAUCAUCCUUCCCUCGAGCAACGGGGCCACGACCACCGAGACCAAUACGGCUUGUCCUUGAGGGGGAUGUUGUGGAUCGUAGGUAUACUACUUCCACUGGCAGCAGCAGCAGCAGCGGGUGUACUAGCGGAUGCCGAAGCAGCAGCACCCUCCUCACCAUCGUCCUUGAGCACCUCCGAGACAUCAUCGCCGUCGUCGUCUUCGCUGCUGGCCACCACAGCGCAAGCGGACGCUGUCGCAACCGGAAUCGCCGGUGGUGCCUGGUGCACCAUCACCCAGCAGCCCACGUACCUGCACGCCCGGCCCGCACCACCGUCCGACCCCGCCCGAACCCGUGUAUGCCGGUGCGACCAUGAGGAGCGAUAGUUCGGAACUGCUGCUCGAGCAACAGGCCGAAGAGCUACGGAAGAAGAAGCUGCUCGAGCUAGCGGCGGCCAAGAAGGCGAAGAAUGGUCCACCGCCGAAGCGAUCGCUGCGCGAAAAUGCCUCCUUCUACACGACGUCCGGGCUUGCCUUUCUGUCGGUGACGGCCGGCGCCUCGCUACUGUUUCUCGUGCCGCUGUACGUCGAUCCCGCCAUCUCGACGCUCGUCGGCGACUUCGUCGAGCGGCCGACGAUGUGCGUGACGACGCGGCGCGAGGACAUGACCGGGCUGUUCAACUGCUCGUGGAGCUCGUGCCGCGAGGGCUGCACCUCGGACGUGUUCAAGUGCACGCACAUCUACGUGACGUUCAUAGACGAUCUGAACUUUACCUUCCCGUUCAACGCGACACCGGCGGAGCUGUUCAAUCUGACCGACAUCGAACGGUCGGAGGAAGCGAUACUGCUGGUCAACAUCAAGGGCUGCGGGUAUCCGCCCACCGUCAAGUGCAAGAACUUCACCGACCUGUACGGGUUCGAGGGGGCCGUCUUUCCCUGCUACUACUCCAAACAGAACAAGACGGUCGUAAUGACUGCGUACAACCGCGAGGACCAGGUCAACACGAUCAUCCACUUCUUCGUGGUACCGUUCAUCGUAACCGUCGUCUCGUCGGUGUUUCUCUGCAUUAUGCACUGUGAUUGUAGGUGUAAGAAGGAGCGCCGGCGGCACCGUCACCGGCAUCGUCGGCCUAGGAUAGAGAAUCUCAGUGAUUCAUCAAUAUCGACACGAGUGGACAUGCUGACACCGGCGAUCGAAGUGUACAAGCCACCACUCUGACACAAGGAUGACACCCUCGAGAGUAACCUCGGCAACCCGUCGACCAGUAGCGACCUAUGACGAGGUAUCCUUCCGUGUCCGUCACCAUGCUACGACGUUCCACACCGUUCCCUCCGAUCGCGCCAACGGCCCACCCGUCUGGCCGUUCUCACCAUACUCGCCGGAACCGUCGUCACGCUCCCAUCGUCCGCGCCGGUAUCAACGCUCACGCCUUGGUCGCUGCUGUCCCUGUUUCUGCUGGCCGGUAGCUUUGCUUCCGGUUCCUGCCGGUUCGAUCCUCAUCGUAGUCUCUCAUUCGUAUACGAUCUCACCGUCAAUGGCAGUCGGCAGCCUGUUUGGAACGGUGCUGCAUCACCGUAUGGAUCAUAGCGUUGGCUUCCAACGUCUUUGCCGUUGCACCGUUUCCAUGAAUGAACUGGUACAGGUAGGUAUGGUCAGGUUUUUGGGUGUGAUUCCGAUUUAGUCCAGGUAGUACCACACAGGAGGAGCAGAUUUGCUUGUGCAUUCGACCAACGUUUGUUUUAUCCGAGCUAGGGAAAGAUCUAAGCCAUCGCUGGACGAUGCUAGGGGAAGUGGCCUGCACACAAAGCUGUACAUAGUGGUUAACACAUUCGAAUCGCCAGUUCCCGACCCGUUUGGUCCGUUUGCGUUGUAUCGUUCCGUGUCCUGUCGUCCGUUCCAGCCAAACAAUCGAAUGAUGGUUGAAAGCGUAGUAACGAUAAUAAAUUUCAACAACUCACAGCAGCUUGAACAUUUUCAACCCCCGUCCGGUAGUACUCGAUUGGCGUAAGGAGCAUUCCUUGGUAUGUUUUUCUUCCCGAACUCUUUUUUUUUGCUGAAAUAAUUCUGUUAAGAAAGCGUGACCUUUUUUUUGCUGCCUUUCCCUUUAUGGGUUGACCGAUCACGAAUAGCCUUUGUAUAUCGGCAAGCAAACCCUAGAAAUGCUUUCCAACAUGUAGGGAUCGUUCUCGAUGCGAAGCGCUAGAAAUAGCAGGAACCGUAAGGGUGUGCGUAAAGAGCAAAAAUGGAAAGGUUUCGUUUGCAAGAACCGAUGGAUAGUUUGUUUGUUUGACCCACUUCACCGUGAAGCGAAGCUUUUGUAGUUAUUUUUUGUUGUGUUUCAUGUUUUUUUUUGUUUUGGUCGAAAACCAUCUUCGUUCACUUCCCAUUCACGUCCGGAUUCCGGAUAAUUUUCCAAGCCAACCCGUUCACGAAACGGUAGCCAACGUGCGCCAUAUUGGACGGUGCCACUUUAGAUAGGCUGAUAAGUAUCCGCAAACGGCGCAAAUCGUGCAGCCCGUAUGGCAAACAUCAACAGCGUUACAAAGUGAACAAAUAGGGCUGGCUAGUGCCGGACGGAUGGGAAAAAAGGAAGCAAAAAAAAACCAGAAAACAAAACAAAAAGCCCCAUUCGGUCAGUUUUUGGCAGGACGUGAGAAAUUGGACGUACACAAAGAGAGAAAAAAAAACGCACGGACACACCAACACUUAUGCAUGUGCUUUCGGCUGAAAGAAGGUUUUGCAAAUAGUUCUAGAUAUCUUUUUUUGUUUUGUAUCUUUUUGAAACACCUCCGGGCCGUGAAGAACACACACACCUAACACUCCGUUCGAAAUGCCUUUAAAACCUGUAUCGUUUGGCAAGCCGUCGUACGAUCAGCAAACGACCACAACGUGAGCUAAAAGCAGCCAUUUUCAGCUCGUUCCAUAAAACAAAAACGCAUCACGCGCAUUGGGCAACAUGAAGUGACCAAAGAGGAAAGCAAAACAAAACCAACAGCAAAAAUUCAGCAGUGUAAUUCGAUGUAGCUAAAAUGGCCGUCAUAAAUGGCUAAACGGUACGGUAUUAUGGUAAGAACGGUUCAACAAAACCGGGAUGGCUAUAGGACGUGUGUAACAUGUGGCAGAAGCAUGAACAAAGAGGUUUAAAAACCAACAAAACAAAACGCGACGAAGGAUUAGCGAAACAAUCUCUUUAGGGUGUCAAAUUAUUGCGAACAAAAAUUCAUACCAAAUCUAAUAUAAAUUCAAUCCCAAGAAAUUGUAGAAGCGUACGUAAAGCGUGGUAAAUGAUUAAACUAAACGAAACAGAAAACCCCCGGUUACACAACAGAAACGAUAAGCAAAUAUGAAAGGAGUAACGAAGCGUUGUGGAUACCCCGCCCGUUUUGCCAUUGUUUGGAAAAGCAAAGCGAAAUGGAAGAGAAGACAAA